AUGGCUGCAACUCUCCUGAGACUUGAGUCCCACUUUGGGAAGUGCUGUCUCUCUGCCAUGUUUCUGGUGGAAAGCGUACAGCCCCCAGGCCUGCCAGGCACAUACGUUAUAAGGCUGAGCAGGAUGGAGACUACAGAGAAGGGCACUUCAGCAGAACCUCAGGGGAACAACAGCCUGAAGACCGCCCGACAUCCCAUCGUAGGACAGGCCGAGGCCGCCACUAACGGCGGCGCGGACCAGCACGGACACUUGAAACCUGUCACUGGCAAAGCCCGUCCCGCUGGACCCGCGGCAGAACCCCACGCCGCCUGCCCCACCGGCUCGCUUAAAACCCCGCAGCUCCCCCGCCGCGGAAGGGCGGGAAGGGGGCGCUCCCGCCCCGCCGCCACAGCUGAGGAGCAGCCGGGCUCCGCGCCCGCCGGCGGACGAGCUGCGCCCUGCGAGGGCGGGGUGUGUGUGUGUGUGUGUGUGAAGCCGCCGGCUUCGGGGCGCCGCCCGGCUCGGGCACGGUGCGGGCGCUCCCGAGGGGACAGGCUUGUCACGAGCUUGUCACGCACCUGCCCCACACCCGCGGGCGGGGCGGGACUUGCCUGCCGAGAGCCGCCUCCGCCUCAGGUGGCGAGCGCACAACGCUGCCCCCAACAGCCGCCGGUGCGGCCGCCACGCGCGAGGUGGCCCCGCGCUCUCACAUCCCGCGUGCGCCCAGCGCGAGGCACCCAAAGCUCCCCCCCAAUCCCGCCCACCGGCCCGGCUCGUCUCUCCACCCGCGGCCACGUGAUCCCGCCUCACAUGGGCAAGAUGGCGGCGCCCAGGGCUGUCAACGUGCUGCGGAGCGGAGGUUCUAUGACUGGCCAUGUAAUCUUUUCUUCGUGCAAUCAUAUCUACCUGCACAGGCAGUCAAGCAAUCAACAGCGAAGAUGCUUCUUUUUUCAGGGACAAAGAAAUACUGCUUACAGUAUAGUUUGGCCAGCCACGGUUUCUCCAGCUCACCCGGUUCCUAAGCACAUAAAGAAGCCAGACUAUGUGACGACAGGCAUUAUACCAGACUGGGGAGACGACAUAGAAAUUAAGAAUGAAGAUCAGAUUCAAGGACUUCGUCAAGCUUGUCAAUUGGCCCGUCGUGUCCUGCUUCUGGCUGGAAAGGGCUUAAAGGUUGGCAUGACAACUGAAGAAAUAGAUUCCAUUGUUCAUCAUGAAAUAAUCAGACAGAAUGCCUAUCCUUCACCUCUGGGCUAUGGAGGUUUUCCAAAAUCCGUUUGUACUUCUGUAAACAACGUGGUAUGUCAUGGUAUUCCUGACAGUCGACCUCUUCAGGAUGGAGAUAUUAUCAACAUUGAUGUCACAGUGUAUUACAAUGGCUACCAUGGUGACACUUCUGAAACCUUUUUGGUGGGCAAUGUGGAUAAAUCUGGUCAAAAGUUAGUGGAGGUUGCCAGGAAAUGUAGAGAUGAAGCAAUUGCAGCUUGCAGACCAGGGGCUCCCUUCUCUGUAAUUGGAAACACAAUCAGCUUCGUGGCGCGGCGGGGCGGCUUCCAGGUCUGCCCCUCCUUCGUCGGCCACGGCAUCGGGUCGUACUUCCACGGGCACCCCGAGGUGUGGCACUACGCCAAUGACAGUGAUUUGUUAAUGGAAGAAGGAAUGGCAUUCACAAUAGAGCCAAUAAUAAUGGAAGGAUCCCCCGAAUUUAAGAUUCUGAAGGAUAAAUGGACUGCAAUUUCUGUAGACAAUAAAAGAUCAGCACAGUUUGAACAUACCAUUGUGAUUACUUCAGAGGGAGCAGAAAUCCUCUCUAAACUGGUGGAAGAAGCCUAAAGAUGGAGCAGGGAGCGGAGGAACUCGCUGUGCUUCUGGGAUUUCCAGUUUCACUCGGGACAGAGAGGUUUCUGUAAUUUCUGUGGGGAGUGGGUGCUGCAUAAGUUGCUGCAGGGGACAGAAAAAGCAGCUUGAGGGGUUGGCUCUGGACAUCGUUCUUUCUUGUGUGUCACCUGGUGAGUAUUUAAUAAAAGUCCCUUGGCUUGUUUGUGACCUUGGAAGCAGGCAUGCACAGCCUGCAAGUGCAAAGAGUUUGGGUUAUUUGGGGUGAGGGGCAGAGAGUGGGUCCUCUCGCUUCCAAAUCCUAUGUGGGACAAACACGUGUCGGAUGAUAUGGCCUGAGUGCAGCUGAGAAGACAGAGGAACGUAGUAUUUUCUCUUUAGAGCUGAGCUAUAGAGUCAAUUUGUCUUCACUGCGAUUAGCACAGUGCUGUUUCCCAGGCUGUAACUUCUGCUAGGAUGGAAAAAAGUUUCCCGAGGGUGGCAGGCAGAGGCAGCAGCCUCUUCCCCCGCAGCCAAGGCAGCAGCUCUCCUCCUUCCUGCCUCUACUAAUUUCUCUUUGCACAGCACAAAAAGUGAUUAAAAAUGAGAUGCGAAGCGCGCUUAUCUCGAGAUCAAUAAUUGCCCUCCUUGAAGAAUUAGCCGGUUUGGGGUAAUCACCGCUCUGCGGUGCCCACGUUAGUUAAGGGAGAGGCACUUUGCAAUUUAAGCGUUUAACAGAAACGGCGGAGUUUGUGGUCUGGAGGAUGAGCCCCGGCUCCUGCCCGGAGUUUGGAGCUGAUGGUCCUCAUGCCCCGCGCUGGCUGCGGUCCCGUCCCGGGCCUGCCCGGGUGGAGGCUUUGAUUUGCAAUUAGCCGGUUGCUGACCGCUCCAUCGGGCCGGACGUGCCUGGCCUUGGUACUUGGAGGCUACCAAAGCAGGACCCGGUCCUGUGAAAUGCGGGGUAGCCUUGGAGAUAAGCAAGUGACAUCCAGAAGUGUCCCAGACCCGCGGCAGCAGCGGUGCGGUUUUGGUACAAAUAACUUGCCCUUAAUUGUAGACAGAUGCGGUCCUGUGCCGAGGGCUGGCCGGUUGCGCUUGCAGGCGACCGGGGCUGCCCAGCACCGGCUCCCUCAAUGGUUCAGGGCAGAAGUAAGCUACUUUCUUACAGGUUUACUCUGCUGUUUGUUUUCACUCAAGUACAGCGAGCUGUCAGCUUGAGUAGUUUCUAACAGCAUCUUUUCAAAGAGCAGAACCCCCCCCCAGAACACGGCUGAUACCGUGCGGCAGCCGCUCAGCUCUGUCCUCCCCUAGACGAGCUUGGAAGGCCUUAAAACAAACGAUGCAGCCAACAAGUUUACAAAUGCACAGAGGUUAAUCAGAGCGCUGCGGCCGCGGGAGGCGAGGGACACCCGGCACCGCCCGGAGGGGGGGGAUAUAUUUUGUUUCCCAACACCGCGCUGCCCCCUCCGAGGGGCGCUGAGGGCAGCUGGGGGUCCCAGGCGGCUUGGCAGCGCCGGGAGCCCCUGGAUGGCACCGCAGGUGCUAAGCGCGAGAGAUGGGAGCAGAGAACGGCUUCUCCCCAUCCCCUGCCCCUCCGCGUCCCGUCCCGCGCUUACCGCGGCGUGGGGUGAGGCGGGAACGGGACAGCCCGGAGCAGGGAAUGCCCCCGCAGCCCGGUGUAAGGGGGCUGCUGGUAGUCGCUGUUUGCUGUGAAGUCCCCCCCCGGUAACUCUGAUGGGACUGCGGGUUUUACCGGCCGCUGCGGAGCGGUGGCGGCCAGGUGCUGGUGUUGAUGGCGCACGUUUGUAAUCCUAAUUAUGAACGAGACUAAAGAGGUGCCUCGGCUGUGAGGGGACAGCCAACGCCUCGCACAAGCCCUUCACGCAGGCGAUCUGGCGGGGCAAGCACGAUGAGAGACCCGACGGGGCGAUCGCCCCCGCGGGGUCGGGGAGGCCGCGGCCCCUCCGCGCCGGUCGAAGCCGCGCUGCCCGGGGCGGGCGUUGCACGGAGGGCCGGCGGCGGCCCUGCUCCGGAGGACGGGUGCGAGCAGAGCCGCGCCGUCCAGUCCGCGGCGUUUUGGCGGGGCCGGCGGGACUGUGGUUUGCCCCGGGACUGCCUGCGCCCGGCUGACCGGAGGAGGUGGCGGCAGACCCGGCGAGCACGGAGCAGCCUUCCCUCCCCGCAGCCGCCGGGCUCGAGGCUGGCGAAGGUGCCGGAGCUACCGAGGCGCCCCGUCCCCUCCUCGGACAAACGCGCAG